AUGGAGAUAGAGCACCUGCAGAGGCUGCGUCAGGCCAACCAGGACCUUCUGCAAAGGCUCAGAACGAAGCAAGAAGAGAUCAGAAAAAGACUUUCCAGCAAACCAUCUCUUGACAACAAAACAGCUACUGAAAGCUCUGUCCCCUUGCCAACAAGAAGGAAGGAAAAUCAGGCUGAUGCUGUGGAGCCUCCAGCUGACCCUGCUAUGUUGGUGUCUGUGGAACCUGGAGCCUAUGCAGCCAGAGCAGCCCUCUGUUCAUCUCUUAAACGCAGCAGGAACAGCAGAGGGGUACAGCAACAAGAGAAGAUGCAGGAAGCAGUAGCUUUGGAUUCCAGCUUUCCUGGGAAAGAGAAGAAUGUUAUGCCAGUGACUGCAAUCAUUACCUGUGAUAAAGAAACCUCUGGCGUGGAGAGGGGUGGUCAUGCCCAAGACAGUCCAGAGAAAGAAUCCUUCCCUCCGGGACAUGGAGAGAACAGAAAACAGCCUACUCUGCUAGAUGGCUUCCAUGAGAAGAAACAGCUUGAGAGUCAUCUGGCCACAUCACUGAGCAGCAGCCAAGGUGAAAAGACCAGCAAGCAGCAUGUGGUUGUUAGAGAGCCUGUAGUUCGUAAAUCAGUCUUGCUGAGAUCUCAGUCCCAAGAGUCAAAGAAGGAAGCUGGUCAUGUCACUUUUGAGUCUGACCCUGAAGAAUAUACCAUACCUGUGAGCACCUGGUCCGUGCAUCCUUUCCUGGGCUACGACUGGAUUGCAGGGCUUCUAGAUACAAGCCCUUCAGUAGCAGAAAAAUCUGACCAAUACUUCGCUGAGCUGCACGAGUUCCGACAGGUCAACAAAGAAGAAUGUAUUCAUGAGCAGCACCCAGAGCCCAGGGCUCUGGACUACAUAGAUCCUGAACAAGAACCAGAUUUGAUAACCAGUUCCCAUAAGUGUGUUUACUGUUACCGGUUAAACCAGCGCCUCUUCCCUGUCCCUGUGGAUUCAGAGUCUGCCUGCCCCGUGUGUAAGAUCCCACGUACUCACUGGCCCUCAGAGAAAUUGGGAGAGCCAGCCUAUGUCAGGGUCAGCAUUCCCAGGUCUACCCUUAUGCCUGCCUACAAACACAAAGCCCAUCGCAGGAAGAGCUUUCAACCAGAAGACAGUCUAGCGUUACCUUCGCACUGCCUGGCUGGCUGGAAAAAUAUCAUCCCUUCCCGCAACCCCAUGCUCAGCAGUUUGGAUCUGCGAGCUUCCUUGGAAGAGAAGCCUCCUCACCAUCCUCGCCUGAACUUGGUGUCCAGAGUGUCAGGAGGAAACAGAACUGACCAGCUUCUGAACCUGACCCGCUUGGCACACUUCAGAUUUAGCAGUGCUGCUCAGCAGAGGGAGCAAAACAAACCUGGCCACUACAGAGCAGCUCCAGAUUUAAACCUGAUGGCCUCAACUCUCUGA